AUGGCGCGCAACCUCGUGAAGGCCGGCUUCAGCGUCAUGCUGUACAAUCGCAGCCAACCGGUGGUCCAGUCUCUGGUGGAGGAGUGUGAGAUCUACCCCGGGCAGGCCAUCACCACCAAGUCUCCGUUGGAGCUGGCGGAGGUCAACGUUCUCUUCACCAUGGUCGCCGACGACCAAGCUUUUCAGGAGGUGGUGGUGGACGGUGGACUUCUGGCCGCGAUGGGCGAGCACGCGGCGAAGAAAGCGGCGGUGAAGGAGAACCCGUCGAGCAGCGAGGGCGCUGCAGCGCCACUCCACUCCGGCGUCAUCUAUCCCUUUUUCCUAUCCCAUCCACGUGAGCUGCGCGACCCUCUCCGCUCACUUUGUCCGCCAGCAAGUGGCGAAGCACCGCGAGCACAAGCCUGCGCUACCUACGGGCCGGAGCCGGAGAGGGCAAAUGUGAUGAAGAUCACCUUCAACUUCACGUUGGCGUGCUCGAUUGAGACGAUGGCGGAGGGCAGCGCGCUGGUGCAGAAGUAUGGCAUCGAACCAAAGGAGUACGUCUCCUUGCUGCGGAAACGCUCUUUGACUGCCCGGCCUAUCGGAACUACGGAGGCAUCAUCGCCGAACGCCGCUUUCAGCCCGCAGGCGCCACCCUUCGCGGCGUCGGCCUAA